CAGGCGGUUGCCGGAAUGGAGAGCUCUCUGGCGGAGUGUGCCGAGGGCGGGCACUUCCACCUGGUCACGCCUCUGCUGGAGAGCUGGGCGCUGUCCCAGGUGGCGGGCACGGCCGUCUUCCUCAAGUGUGAGAACGUGCAGCCGGCCGGCUCCUUCAAGAUCCGGGGCAUCGGGCACUUCUGCCAGGAGGCGGCCAAGAAGGGAUGCAGACACCUGGUGUGCUCCUCAGGGGGCAACGCGGGCAUCGCGGCGGCCUACUGCGCGCGGAAGCUGGGCAUUCCCGCCACCAUCGUGCUCCCCGAGGGCGCCUCCCAGCCCGUGGUGAGGAGGCUGCAGGGGGAGGGGGCCGAGGUGCAGCUGGUUGGAAAGGUCUGGGACGAGGCCAAUCUGAGGGCACAGGAGCUGGCCAAGAGGGACGGCUGGGUGAACGUGCCCCCGUUCGACCACCCCCUGAUAUGGGAGGGCCACGUCAGCCUGGUGCGGGAGCUGAAGGCCGCCCUGGGGACCCCCCCGGGGGCCCUGGUGCUGGCGGUGGGGGGCGGGGGGCUCCUGGCCGGGGUGUCGGCCGGCCUGGCGGAGGUGGGCUGGCAGCACGUGCCCAUUGUCGCCAUGGAGACGCGAGGGGCCCACUGUUUCCACGCGGCCCUGGAGGCAGGCAGGCUGGUCACGCUGCCGGACAUCACCAGCGUGGCCAAGUGCCUGGGCGCCAAGACGGUGGCCGCACGGGCCCUGGCGUGCACGCAGGAGCUCGAGGUCCUCUCGGCGGUGGUGGAGGACAGGGAGGCUGUGGACGCCGUGCAGCGGUUCCUCGACGACGAGCGCAUGUUGGUGGAGCCUGCCUGCGGGGCAGCCUUAGCUGCCAUCUACUCGGGCCUCCUGGGGAGGCUCCAGGCUGAGGGCCGCCUGAGCCCCACGCUGGCCUCCGUUGUGGUCAUCGUGUGUGGAGGCAACAACAUUGACAGCCGAGAGCUGCAGGAACUGAAGGCCCAGCUAGGCCAGAGCUGA